CAAUGAAAAACUAUUUUCUUUAAAUACACAAAGAAACAUAAGCUAAAAUUAUUUGUAUAUUUAUAUAUUACUCGAUUAAUAAAAAAAAAAAGCUACACAGCACUGCCGGAGAGUGGACCGCCACCGAACAGCUGAUCGCGCAUGAAGAACUAACCAUCAGCAGCUGAUUAAGGUUUAUUUUUUGAUUUUCGCCAAUUCGAAAACAUUUUUCUCAAUUUUGGUUGAUUUCUGUUUAUGGUGCUGAAUGAAAACGAGUCGCUCGUAGACAGAAAUCACAAUGUUGUUGAAUUGCACGAGGCUAACACACGGCUGCACGACUCUCCGGGUCUCGCAAAUCUGCCGAGCAUCAUAUAACCACCAUCAUCACCUCCACCGACAGUAUCCGCAGCUGGGCCGGUGCCUGCAGCGAGGAUUGCGGACACCGCCGAGGCCACCAGCAACGGUGGCACCGUCCACCAGCUUAGGUGGCCACCACCAGCUGUUGUUCCAUGCGCUCCGUAUGCCGACGCGGUGCCUGCGACGCGGUCUGGCCCAGACUGCCAAAAAGAUUAGGUUGAUAGGCAAUGUUCCAAAGCGAGGAAAGGUACCCGUUACUUCACCAUUAACCGCCCCACCAAAACCUAAAGUCGACGUUCCUGCUACUAUGGGCCGAUCACAGUACGCACGCCUUCUAAGCCUGACCAAGUCGGAGAAAUGGGUGCUGACAGCGGGUAUACUAUGUCUGAUUGUCUCCUCGGCCAUCACCAUGUCGGUGCCCAUGUUCCUCGGCAAGGUCAUCGACGUGGUCUUCAACAAGGCGGGCAUGGACAGUGCCGCCGUUGCUCGACUGGGCGAGUACUCCAUGAUGUUGUUCGCGAUAUUUGUUUUAGGAGGAAUCGCGAACUUCUCCAGGGUCUACCUGUUUGGAAAUGCAGCUCUCAGGAUUGUAAAGAAUCUUAGAUCUCGGGUGUACAAAUCGAUGCUGAUGCAGGAGGUGGGUUGGUUCGACACCAAGGGCACUGGUGAACUAAUCAACCGCCUCAGCAACGACACCUACAUGGUGGGCAUUUCCCUGAGCCAGAACGUCUCCGAUGGACUUCGAUCCUUGGCCAUGAUUGGCGUGGGAACAGGCAUGAUGAUCUACACCUCGCCCCAAUUGGCGGCAGUAAGCGCACUGGUGGUGCCCGCCAUGGCUGGAAUGGCCAUCGUUUAUGGGCGCUAUGUUCGUAAGAUUACCCGCAAGGAACUGGACAAGUAUGCACAAAUCAUGAAGUAUGCGGAGGAGCGAUUCGGCAAUGUGAAGACCGUGAAGAUCUUUUGCCGGGAACAGCAGGAGGUGAAGGCUUUCGACAAAAAGCUGGACGAGGCUCUCCAAAUUGGUUACAAGGAAACCCGGGCCAGAUCCAUAUUCUUUGGACUGACUGGCUUCUCGGGCAACUUUAUAAUCAUAUCGGUGCUGUACUAUGGCGGCACCUUAGUUCUUCAGGAUCAAAUCAGCAUCGGCGCUCUGACCGCAUUCAUGCUGUACGCCGGCUACGUGGCCAUCUCGAUGAACGGUCUCUCCAAUUUCUACAGCCAACUGAACAAGGGCGUGGGUGCCUCGGAACGGAUCUGGGAGAUUCUGGACCGCGAAUGCUCCAUACCCAUUGACAAGGGCAUUGUACCGGACGGCAAACCGUUGGGUGAUGUGGGCUUCCAGAAUGUCUACUUCUCGUUCCCCACACGCGCCGAAUCUGCUGUCCUCUCGGACUUUUCGCUCAACCUACUGCCCGGCCAGACGACAGCGGUGGUGGGUCGAUCGGGAUCGGGAAAAACGACAAUAGCUCUACUGCUGCUCCGACUCUACGAUCCCCAGUCGGGUGCAGUGACUCUGGAUGGCAUCGAUCUGCGGACGGUGAAUCCCCAAUGGCUAAGGGACAACAUCGGAGCGGUUAGCCAGGAACCGGUUCUGUUUUCGGGCACCAUUCGCGAGAAUAUUCUGUACGGCGUGAAUCCCGGGGAUGAGCCCAACGAAGAGCUGCUUCAGCGGGUCGUGGAGGAGGCCAACAUUAGCCAGUUCACGGAUCAGUUGCCCGACGGCCUGGACACGAUGGUGGGCCAGCGGGGCAUGAUGCUAAGUGGCGGCCAGAAGCAGCGCGUCGCCAUCGCCAGGGCACUUAUUAAGAAUCCCACCAUCCUUGUCCUGGAUGAGGCGACCAGCGCCCUGGACGCCAUGUCCGAGCAACUGGUGCAGAACGCCCUGGAUCGGCUAGUCCAAGGCCGCACUGUCCUGACCAUUGCCCACCGACUGAGCACCAUCCGGAAUGCGGACCAAAUCGCCGUACUGAGUGACGGCAAGAUCGUGGAGCAGGGCAACUACACGGAACUGAUGAACAUCCCGGAGGGUGUCUUCCGGGAACUGGUUGCCACUCAGGCCUUUGGCAACCAGGAAUCGGCGCAGGAACCGGCCCAGGAAUAGCUCCAGGAAUGGAACUAGGGUGUGGGUUUUUAGUUUAGAUAUCUUAGUAUAAUUGUGUGAUCCGCCGCUGGCUGGUGGUGGUUUCGCUGGUGCAUCUCUGUUACCGGGCUAUGUGUUCAUAUAUAUGUAGUAUGUAUCGAGGUAUAUAUACUCAGAUAUAUAUAUAUAUCUUUUGUUUUUGAUUCUUUGUACAAUACAUGGACGAUGUUAAAGAAA